AUGGCGCUGUCCAUAUUCAUGUUGAUUUUAAUUCUUGGCUCUACAAUUUCAGCCAGAAAAGACCUCGAUCGUCUCAUUAAUGGAGAAGCUGCCCAGUUUAUGCAAUUUCCACAUCAAGUGUAUUAUUUGAAAUAUAUUACAAAAACGGGAUGGGUACAUCCCUGUGGUGGAAGCAUUAUAUCAAAGCGUAUCAUACUAACUGCUGCCCAUUGCGUGUCCGAUAAAUUCAAAUAUUUGCUUAUAUUCUUGGGCAAAACUAAUUUGGAUAAUGAAUACGAGAAGGGGCAGCAAUGCUUCCUAUUGGGCCGAUCAAGGGUUAUAAUUCACGAAGAAUUCGAUGGGCACACUCUUUUGAACGACAUCGCAUUAAUCAAAAUGAGAUAUGAUAUCAAGUUUAGCGAAUUUAUACAACCAGCUUCUUUGCCAAUGGAGGAACUGGACUAUGUCAACCAAACAGCUGUAGUUUCUGGUUGGGGUUCCAUUAUACAUGAUUACAAUCCAAAACUCCAUGUGGGCACAAAACAACUUCAUCAUCUAAACGUUACCAUAAUAUCGAACGAAGUUUGCAAGAAGUUAGUUCAGGAAAUGGUGCCCGCCAAACCAUUCACAGAAGCAUUUAUAUGUCAUAGGCCCACAAAUGGCAGUCCAUGCAAUGGUGAUUCCGGAGGACCACUAAUAUUACUGGAUGGAUCUAGAACAUUGGUUGGAAUCACAUCGCACGGUGUGAGAGGGUGCGAUCGCUACAGCCCUGGCAUAUACACUCGAAUCUCUUCUUAUUUGGGCUGGAUAGCGAAAUACGAAAACGAUACUAAUUUUAAACGCUGAUAGAAAAUGUAUAGUUUUAUAACAAUUUCCGUACUUUGCUUUGGUUGAUCUGACUGAUCAAUUAUAAUGGGCCACUUUGAAACUUCAAAAAUU